AUGAAAGUGCAGGGGGGGGCUGGAGCUGAUGCGACAUACGAGGGGGCGACGGUGCUGGAGCCGAAGCAAGGGUUCUAUGAACGCCCCGUUGCAACUCUUGACUUUGCGUCGCUGUACCCGUCCAUUAUGAUGGCCCACAACCUCUGCUACUGCACGCUGAUUCAGAAGGAGCACGGCAUCAGGCCACCAGACGACCAGAUAUCGCAAACCCCCACAGGGGACCUGUUUGUAAAGCCAUCCGCUGCUAAGGGCAUUUUGCCAGAGAUUCUGGAGGAGUUGCUUGCAGCGAGGAAGAGGGCAAAGGCGGACCUUAAGAAAGCCACGGAUCCCUUGGAGAAAGCCGUGCUGGACGGCCGACAGCUGGCACUCAAGGUUUCUGCAAAUUCUGUCUACGGUUUCACAGGGGCUACUAUCGGCGCUUUGCCCUGCUUGGAAAUAUCAUCCAGUGUUACAGCCUAUGGGCGGCAGAUGAUAGAGCACACCAGGACGUUCGUGGAGCAGCACUACUCCAUCGCCAACGGCUACUCGCACAAUGCGAAUGUGGUGUAUGGUGAUACGGACUCAGUGAUGGUGAUGUUUGGUGUGGACACUGUUGAGGAGGCCAUGCGCAUGGGCAGGCAGGCGGCAGAGGAGAUCUCCGACACCUUCCCCAAGCCAAUCAGGCUGGAGUUUGAGAAGGUGUAUUUCCCGUACCUGCUUAUCAACAAGAAGCGCUAUGCCGGGCUGUACUGGUCCAACUCCAAGGCCUUUGAUAAGAUGGACACUAAAGGUAUUGAGACGGUUCGGAGAGACAACUGCCUGCUGGUCCGGCAGGUGGUGGACGAGUGCUUGCGGCGCAUUCUCAUGGAGCGGGAUAUCCCCGGAGCGGUGGCAUAUGUGAAGACUGUCAUUUCGGACCUUCUUAUGAACAAGCUUGACCUCUCCCUGCUGGUUAUUACCAAGGCGCUAACCAAGGGAGGUGACGACUACGCAGUCAAGGCGGCCCACGUUCAGCUGGCAGAGAGAAUGCGCAAGCGUGACUCCGCCACAGCACCAGGCAUCGGGGAUCGAGUGGCGUAUGUCAUUUGCAAGGCUCCCAAGGGCAGCAAGGCAUACGAGAAGUCAGAGGACCCUAUUCACGUGCUGGAGAACAACAUACCCAUCGACCCACAAUAUUAUCUCGAGAACCAACUGAGCAAGCCUCUGCUGCGGAUAUUCGAGCCUAUUCUGAAGAACGCAAGCAAGGAGCUGCUGAGUGGGGCGCACACGCGGGCAGUCUCCAUAUCCACGCCCGCGACAGGUGGCAUUAUGCGAUUCGCCAAAGUCCGGCUCUCCUGCCUCGGCUGCAAGACGCCUCUCAGUGGGAAUUCUCAGACGCUGUGUGUGCACUGUAUGGAUCGAGAGGGAGAGAUUUACCAGCGGAUUACCACAAACGUUUGGAAGGCUGUGGGUGGAGUGCCAGCGAUGCCAGGGCAGCUUGCAUCAAGAUGUGCUCUGUACCAGCCGAGACUGUCCCAUUUUCUAUCGGAGGAAGAAAGCACAGAAGGAUGUGGAAGAGGCACACGCUCAGCUCGCAAGAUUUGA